GUAGGUGAAGUGACGCGAAUUGUACGUCGAACGAACGAUUUUCAUUAGAAAACCCCAUAGAAGUGUUAGUAAAACAUCAAUAAUCAGUAUAUGUGUAAUUGUGUAUAAUUUGAAUUGUUGAUAAGUGAACACAUCCAACAUGGAGCAGAUUCCACCCCCUAAGGAGGUGAAAAUCCUUGAAACAGCAGAGGAUAUUCAAGAGCGUCGUGAACAGGUGCUCAACCGAUAUGAAGACUUCAAACAAGAGGCGCGUGCGAAGCGAGAGAAGCUGGAAGACUCUCGCCGCUUCCAGUACUUUAAACGUGAUGCCGACGAACUCGAGUCUUGGAUCCAAGAAAAAUUGCAAGCUGCUAGCGAUGAGAGCUACAAAGAUCCCACCAACUUGCAGGCCAAGAUUCAAAAGCAUCAGGCAUUCGAAGCCGAGGUCGCCGCGCACUCCAACGCAAUCGUAGUGCUGGACAACACCGGCAGCGAGAUGAUAUCCGCCGGUCACUUCGCAUCGGAGACUAUUCGCAAAAGGCUCGAUGAGCUGCAUCGCCUGUGGGAGCUUCUCCUCUCCCGUCUCGCCGAGAAGGGUAUGAAACUGCAGCAGGCACUCGUCCUAGUGCAGUUCUUGCGUCAUUGCGAUGAAGUUAUGUUCUGGAUUCAUGACAAGGAAACAUUCGUAUGCGCGGAUGAGUUCGGUUCUGACCUGGAGCACGUAGAGGUGCUGCAGCGCAAGUUCGACGAGUUCCAGAAGGACAUGGCGGCGCAGGAGUACCGCGUCACGGAGGUUAACCAGCUGGCCGAGCGGCUCGUGCUUGAGGGACACCCCGAGAGAGAGACCAUCGUUAAGAGGAAGGAUGAGCUGAACGAGGCAUGGCAGCGUCUCCGGCAGAUGGCACUGAUGCGCCAGGAGCGCCUCUUCGGCGCCCACGAGAUCCAACGCUUCAACCGCGACGCCGACGAGACUAUCGCCUGGAUCUCCGAGAAGGACGUGGUGCUCGGAUCCGACGACUACGGCCGCGAUCUGGCUACCGUGCAGACUUUGCAGCGUAAGCACGAGGGCGUGGAGCGCGACCUGGCGGCGCUGGAGGAUAAGGUGGCGACGCUGGACGGCGAGGCGGGGCGCCUGGCCUCCAUCCACGCCGACCACGCGCCCGCCAUACACUCCAAGCGGGACGAGAUCACGCAGGCCUGGCAGCGACUCGUGCAGAAGGCUCAGGAACGUCGCACGGAGCUGGAGUCGUCGCACGCGCUGCACCGCUUCCUGGCCGACUACCGCGACCUCAUCUCGUGGAUGAGCGACAUCCGCGCGCUCAUCGCCGCCGACGACCUCGCCAAGGACGUGCCCGGCGCCGAGGCGCUGCUCGAGCGGCACCAGGAGCACAAGGGCGAGAUGGACGCGCGCGAGGACGUGCUGAGCGCGUGCGUGAGCAGCGGCCAGGCGCUGGUGGCGGGCGGCCACCGCGGCGCCGCCGACGUGCAGGCGGCGCUCGACGCGCUGCACCGCGACCGCGCCGCGCUGCGCGCGCUGUGGGAGCAGCGCCGCGUGCUCUACCUGCAGUGCAUGGACCUGCAGCUCUUCUACCGCGACACCGAGCAGGCCGACGCCUGGAUGCACAAGCAGGAGGCUUUCCUUGCCAACGAAGACGUCGGCGAUUCCCUCGACUCGGUAGAAGCUCUGCUAAAGAAACACGAAGAUUUCGAGAAAUCACUCGCAGCGCAAGAAGAAAAGAUUAAAGCCUUAGAUGAGUUUGCCACUAAACUCAUUGAGGGCCAACACUACGCGGCCGAUGAUGUCGCUCAAAGGAGAGAGAUGCUCCUCGAACGCCGUGCAGCUCUUCUCGAGAAAUCGAAUCAACGUCGCGCCCUUUUGGAAGACGCUUACAAAUACCAGCAGUUUGAGAGAGACUGCGAUGAGACCAAAGGUUGGAUCAACGAGAAGCUGAAGUUCGCGACGGACGACUCAUACCUAGACCCCACGAACCUGAAUGGCAAGGUGCAGAAGCAUCAGAACUUUGAGCAAGAGCUGCUGGCCAACAAGCCGCGCGUAGACGAGAUCAAUGCGCUCGGCAGCAAGCUGCUAGAACAGGAACACUUCGCGAAACCUCAAAUUGAAUCACGCGUGGAUGAACUGGGUUCGUUAUGGGAGAAGUUAGUUCAGGCUUCAGAACUGAAGGGGAGCAAGUUGCAAGAGGCCGCCGCUCAGCAACAGUUUAACCGCGCCUCCGAAGACAUCGAGCUGUGGCUCUCGGAGGUCGAGGGGCAACUGCUCAGCGAGGACUAUGGAAAAGAUUUGACAAGCGUGCAAAACCUGCAGAAAAAACACGCGCUACUAGAAGCCGACGUGAGCUCACACGCAGAGCGUAUUGAAGCGUUGCGGGCGCAAGCCGAACAGUUCAUUGAGAAGGGACACUUUGAUGCUGACAACAUUAAAGCCAAACGCGAUGCGUUAGUGGCACGUUAUGCGGCCUUGGAUAAGCCAAUGGCGGUUCGCAAGCGCCGCCUGCUAGAUUCUUUGCAAGCGCAACAGCUAUUCCGUGACCUCGAUGACGAGGCCGCCUGGAUACGUGAGAAGGAACCAAUCAUUGCAUCUACUAACAGAGGGCGCGACCUGAUCGGCGUGCAGAACCUGAUGAAGAAGCACCAGGCGGUGAUGGGCGAGAUGGCGCAGCACGAGGCGCGCGUGGAGGCCGUGCGCGCGGCGGGCGCGGCGCUGCGGGACGCCGGCCACUUCGCCGCCGCCGACAUCGCCGCGCGCCUCGCCGCGCUGCACGCCACCUGGACGCAGCUGCAGGACAAGGCGGCGCAGCGCAAGCAAGACCUCGAGGACUCGCUACAAGCCCAGCAGUACUUCGCGGACGCCAACGAGGCCGAGUCGUGGAUGCGCGAAAAGGAGCCCAUGGCGAAUACGCAGGACUACGGCAAGGACGAGGACUCGUCCGAGGCGCUGCUGAAGAAGCACGAGGCGCUGCUAUCUGACCUCGAGGCCUUCGGAAAUACUAUCAAGGCUCUGCGGGAACAAGCUAAUUCUUGCCGUCAACAAGAGUCGCCCGUGGUGGACGUGUCGGGCAAGGAGUGCGUGGUGGCGCUGUACGACUACGCGGAGAAGUCGCCGCGCGAGGUGUCCAUGAAGCGCGGGGACGUGCUCACGCUGCUCAACUCCAACAACAAGGACUGGUGGAAGGUGGAAGUAAACGACCGACAGGGUUUCGUACCGGCCGCCUAUGUGAAGAAGAUCGACGCAGGUCUGUCCUCUUCGCAGCAGAACCUCGCCGACUCCAGCUCCAUCGCCGCUCGCCAGACGCAGAUCGAGGCGCAGUACGAUAAUCUGCUGGCUUUAGCUCGUGAGCGCCAGAACAAGCUCAACGAGACCGUAAAAGCAUACGUACUCGUGAGAGAAGCUGCGGAACUCGCGACAUGGAUCAAGGACAAGGAGAUGCACGCACAAGUGCAGGACGUUGGCGAGGACCUGGAGCAGGUGGAAGUGAUGCAGAAGAAGUUCGAUGACUUCCAGAACGACCUGCGCGCCAACGAGGUGCGCCUCGCCGAGAUGAACGAGAUCGCCGUGCAGCUCAUGACCGUCGGACAGACGGAAGCUGCGCUUAAAAUCAAGACGCAGAUGCAGGAGCUGAACACGAAGUGGACGUCGCUGCAGCAGCUGACAGCGGAGCGCGCGGCGCAGCUGGGCUCGGCGCACGAGGUGCAGCGCUUCCACCGCGACGUGGACGAGACCAAGGACUGGAUCGCGGAGAAGGAGCAGGCGCUGGCCACCGACGACCUGGGCCGCGACCUGCGCUCCGUGCAGACGCUGCAGCGUAAGCACGAGGGCCUGGAGCGCGACCUGGCGGCGCUGGGCGACAAGAUCCGGCAGCUGGACGACACGGCCAACCGGCUCAUGGCCACGCACGGCGACUCGGCCGACGCCACGUACAGCAAGCAGCGCGAGAUCAACGAGGCGUGGCAGCAGCUGCAGGCGCGCGCCAACGCGCGCAAGGAGAAGCUGCUCGACUCCUACGACCUGCAGAGAUUCCUGUCCGACUACCGCGACCUGAUGGCCUGGAUCAACUCCAUGAUGGCGCUCGUGAGUUCGGAGGAGCUCGCCAACGACGUCACGGGCGCCGAGGCGCUGCUCGAACGACACCAGAACCAGCGCUUGGAGAUAGAUGCGCGUUACGGCAUAGUGCCGCAGGAGCACCGCACGGAAAUGGACGCGCGCGCGGGCACGUUCCAGGCGCUGGAGCUGUUCGGCCAGCAGCUGCUACAAGGCGGGCACUACGCCAGCGUCGACAUCCAGGACAAACUCGGCGCCAUGGCUGAUGCGCGACAGGACCUCGAAAGGGCGUGGAUCGCGCGUCGCAUGAAGCUGGACCAGAACCUGGAGCUGCAGCUGUUCUACCGCGACUGCGAGCAGGCGGAGGCGUGGAUGGGCGCGCGCGAGGCCUUCCUGGCGCCGCCGCCCGACGACGCCACGGACGCGGCCGACAACGUCGAGCAGCUCAUCAAGAAGCACGAGGACUUCGACAAGGCGAUCAACGCGCACGAGGAGAAGAUCGCUCAACUGCAAACGCUCGCGGACCAGCUGAUCGCGUCCGACCACUACGCGGCUGAUCCCAUUGACAAGAAGCGCAAACAGGUGCUGGACCGCUGGCGACACCUCAAGGAGGCGCUCAUCGAGAAACGAUCCAGGUUGGGUGAUGAACAAACACUGCAACAAUUUUCGCGCGAUGCCGAUGAGAUGGAGAACUGGAUUGCCGAAAAGUUACAGCUCGCAACUGAAGAGAGUUACAAGGACCCAGCCAACAUACAGUCGAAGCACCAGAAGCACCAGGCUUUCGAGGCUGAAUUGGCGGCCAACGCGGAGCGCAUCCAGUCCGUACUGGCCAUGGGCGGUAACCUCGUGCAGCGCGGACAGUGCAGUGGCAGCGAGGACGCCGUGCAGGCUCGUCUCGCGUCAAUAGCAGAUCAAUGGGAGUUCCUGACCCAGAAGACGACUGAGAAGUCACUCAAACUGAAAGAGGCCAACAAGCAGCGCACGUACAUCGCGGCCGUGAAAGAUCUCGACUUUUGGCUUGGAGAGGUUGAAAGUCUUCUGACCUCUGAAGACUCUGGAAAAGAUUUAGCAUCUGUACAAAAUCUUAUGAAGAAACAUCAAUUAGUCGAAGCUGACAUCCAAGCUCACGAGGAUCGCAUCAAUGACAUGAACGCGCAGGCGGACGCGCUGGUGUCGUCGGGGCAGUUCGACAGCGCCGGCAUCGGCUCGCGGCGCGCCGCCAUCAACGAGCGCUUCGAGCGCGUGCGCGCGCUGGCCGCGCACCGCCGCGCGCGCCUGCACGAGGCCAACACGCUGCACCAGUUCUUCCGCGACAUCGCCGACGAGGAGUCCUGGAUCAAGGAGAAGAAACUCCUCGUCGCGUCGGACGACUACGGACGCGACUUGACCGGCGUGCAGAACCUGCUCAAGAAGCACAAGCGGCUGGAGGCCGAGCUGGCGAGCCACGAGCCCGCCGUGCAGGCGGUGCAGGAGGCGGGAGAGAAGCUCAAGGACGUGAGCAACGUGGGCGUGGCGGAGAUCGAGCAGAGGCUGCACGCGCUGGCGCAGGCCUGGGACGCGCUGCAGGCUUUGGCGGCCGAGCGCGGCGCCAAGCUGCAGCAGUCGCUCGCCUACCAGCAGUUCCUCGCCAAGCUCGACGAGGAAGAGGCUUGGAUCAGCGAGAAGCAGCAGCUGGUGGUGGUGAGCGAGUGCGGCGACAGCAUGGCGGCGGUGCAGGGGCUGCUGAAGAAGCACGAGGCGCUGGAGGCGGAGCUGGCGGCGCGCGGCGAGCGCGUGCGCGAGCUUACGGCUGAGGGCGAGCGCCUGCUGGCCGCCGGCAACCUGCACUCCGAGGCGCUAGCGCACCGCCUCGACCAGCUCCAGGCUAAACUUGAGAAGCUGACGUCACUGGCGGCGCGGCGCAAGGCCGCGCUGGUGGACAACUCGGCGUACCUGCAGCUGCUGUGGAAGGCGGACGUGGUGGAGUCAUGGAUCGCGGACAAGGAGACGCACGUGCGCUCCGAUGAGUUCGGACGCGACCUCUCCACCGUGCAGACCCUGCUCACCAAGCAGGAUACUUUCGAUGCUGGUCUCGCCGCGUUCGAGCACGAGGGCAUCCAGAACAUCACGGCCCUGAAGGAGCAGCUGGUGGCGGCGGGGCACGAGCAGAGCGCCGCGAUCUCCAAGCGGCACGGUGACGUCAUCGCGCGCUGGCAGCGCCUGCUCGCAGACUCGGCGGCGCGCAAGCAGCGCCUGCUGCAGCUGCAGGACCAGUUCCGGCAGAUCGAGGAGCUGUACCUCACCUUCGCGAAGAAGGCAUCUGCAUUUAAUUCAUGGUUCGAAAACGCUGAAGAAGACCUCACAGAUCCCGUUCGUUGCAAUUCUAUCGAGGAAAUCAGGGCUCUGCGAGAUGCGCAUGCGCAAUUCCAGGCAUCGCUCUCGUCAGCGCAAAGCGACUUCGAAGCGCUGGCGGCGCUCGACGCGCAAAUCAAGUCGUUCAAUGUGGGCGCCAACCCGUACACCUGGUUUACUAUGGAGGCGCUCGAAGAGACCUGGCGAAACCUGCGCAAGAUUAUAGCGGAACGCGACGUCGAGCUGACGAAGGAGGCUCAGCGUCAAGAGGAGAACGACAAGCUGCGCAAAGAGUUCGCUAAACACGCCAACGCCUUCCACCAGUGGCUCACUGAGACGCGGUACCGGCUGCUAGGCUGGGAUGGCACGUCCAUGAUGGAAGGCACGGGGUCUUUAGAGGCGCAACUGGCGGCGCUGAGGCAGCGAGCCACCGAGGUGCGCGCUCGCCGCGCGGACCUGCGCCGACUGGAGGAACUGGGAGCUGCACUCGAAGAGCAUCUCAUCUUAGACAACCGAUACACGGAGCACAGCACGGUGGGGCUGGCCCAGCAGUGGGAUCAGCUCGACCAGCUGUCUAUGCGCAUGCAGCAUAACCUUGAGCAGCAGAUACAGGCCAGGAACCACUCUGGUGUAAGCGAGGAUGCCCUGAAGGAGUUCUCAAUGAUGUUCAAACAUUUCGACAAGGACCGCUCUGGUCGCCUCAACCACCACGAAUUUAAGUCAUGUCUACGUGCGCUCGGAUACGAUUUGCCCAUGGUGGAGGAGGGCCAGCCCGAUCCAGAGUUUGAGGCCAUACUAAAUGUCGUGGACCCGAACCGCGACGGGCAGGUGUCGCUGCAAGAGUACAUGGCGUUCAUGAUCAGCAAGGAGACAGAGAACGUGCAGUCGUCCGAGGAGAUCGAGAACGCAUUCCGCGCCAUCACGGCGCACCAGGACCGCGCUUACGUCACCAAGGACGAGCUGUAUGCGAACCUCACGAAGGAGAUGGCGGACUACUGCGUGGCACGUAUGAAGCCCUUCGUGGACCCGAAGACGGAGCGCCCGAUCCCCAACGCGCUCGACUACAUCGACUUUACGCGCACGCUCUUCCAGAACUAAACCCGUGCCCUCCCCGCCGCGCAGUUGUGCCUAUCAUUAUUAUAACUUAUUAAAAAAGCAAAAAAUGUUUUUAAUUUAUCAAUCCUUCUCUUGAACUGCGCGGUCGGGUGCCGCGUUGCAAGCUUGCAUAGUCUUUACUAUUACAAAUUUCAAAAUUCAGACUGAUGUUUCGACGCAUUUGUUUCGUGCACAAUUUAUUAGAAUCCUGUCAGCUGUUGCGAUUCUUUUAGUUUUGAAGAACUAGUGAGACUUUGAUAAUAAAGUUUUCCUCGCUCGUUCGACGAAUAUCCAAGCUGUAUGCCACAACGUGUAGCGAAGCAGUCUUACCAUCUGGUAUUUAGAAAGUACAGUAUGGGUAUGAAUUCCUUUCCUCUGACUAGCAGAGGGAUACGAAGCUGCCUUGACGGUUUUCUACUAAAAACGAAUAAAACUAUUUUAGAGUUUGUCUAGCAUUUAAUAUAAUCAAUGGUUAUAAUUGCAUUUCACUCCAUAGUUUUGCAAGCUCAUUUAUUAAAUAUUGUAAGCUUAAAUUUCAUUAUUAGAUUAUCUUGUUUUUCAAUGUUAUUCCACACUUAACACUAAGAUUUUUAUUAUUUAUUUUUUGUAUUCACAUAAACAUUAUAUUAAAUAUAUUUAAUCCGUGCAAAAUGAA